AAUCGUUCAGUUUGUAAAAAAGCGGCCAUCAAGAGGUGCCCAAUUGUAUAUUUUAAAUAUUUUUAAAUCCUAACUAAGUAAACAAAAAGAAAGUGAAAUGGCUGUACCGAAUGUUAAAUUCAACAACGGCAAGGAAAUCCCAAUCAUUGGUCUGGGAACCUGGGGUAGUCCCAAGGGAGAAGUCACCGAGGCUGUAAAAAUCGCCAUCGAUGCCGGAUACAGGCACAUUGACUGUGCCUACGUCUACCAAAAUGAAGAUGAGGUCGGAGAUGGUGUUGAGGCCAAGAUCAAAGAGGGCGUUGUCAAGCGUGAGGAUCUGUUCAUCACUAGCAAGCUGUGGAACACUUUCCAUCGUCCGGAUCUGGUCAAGUCAGCAGUUGAGAAUACACUGAGUGCCCUAAAGCUGAAGUACCUUGAUUUGUAUCUUAUCCACUGGCCGAUGGGCUUCAAGGAGGGCUGCGAACUGUUCCCUUCCGAUAAGGACGGUAAGACCCUGUACUCACCGGUCGAUUAUGUUGAUACUUGGAAGGCCAUGGAGAAGCUGGUGGAAGAAGGUCUGGUCAAGUCCAUUGGUGUCUCUAACUUUAACAGGAAGCAGAUUGAGCGCGUGCUUGAGGUGGCCAAAAUCCCACCAGCAACCAACCAGAUUGAGUGCCACCCAUAUCUGACCCAGAAGAAGCUGAUCGAUUUCUGCAAAUCGAAGGAUAUUACGAUCACCGCCUACAGUCCCCUGGGUUCCCCCAACCGCCCAUGGGCCAAGCCUGGUGACCCGGUUAUCCUGGAGGAGGCUAAGAUCAAGGAGAUUGCUGCCAAGAAGAAGAAGACUCCUGGACAGAUUCUCAUCCGUUACCAGGUUCAGCGUGCCAACAUCGUUAUCCCCAAAUCUGUGACCAAGGAUCGCAUUGAGUCUAACUUCCAAGUCUUUGACUUUGAGCUGACACCCGAGGAAAUCCAAAUCAUCGAGAGCUUCGAGUGCAACGGUCGUCUGGUGCCCCUGCUCAAUGAGGCUAGCCACAAGUACUAUCCGUUUCACGAUGAGUAUUAGGCUAUAAGAAAUGGAUAUCUGCCAGUUAUGAAGUAAUGAAGAAGAAUUCCUAUAAAUGAGAAAUUAUUCCUAUUGAAAACUGAACCUGAAACUCGAACAAGAAAAAGAUUCAAAAAGCGAUCUACAGAUCUAUAUAAACAUGAACAUGUGUUUAACCCACUUUGGUCACCCCCACCACCCUUUCGAGAAGGACGAAUACUAAUAGAAGGCACAGUGCACAGUUCAAACUUAUAAUUUCUUGCAUAAUCAUUAAAUCUUUAAUCGUAUGAAUAAAAAAAAAAAAACAAAAAUUA